CAGUCAUUGUUUUUUUGCUUGUAAAUACACACCCCAUUGACUUUUUGUAUGACAACAAUGGUCCUGAUUGGAACUGCCCUGGCUGCUGUGGGCGUCGCUGCUCGCGCUGUGAUUCGCGCCUCUCGUCCGAUUGCUCAGCAAGCAGCUGCGUCUGCCGCGCUGCCUGGGAAUGCGCCGUCGCGAGCAAACACAACGGCAGGGGCCAACGGCGGGUCUGCAGGCGACAAGGCCGCCGCCAACGAUGCCGCCAAGAGCGCUGCUGGCGCGACAGCCGGCCCGAACGGCGGUGCACCAACGUCGCAAGGGUUCUUUGGCAACCUGUUCAACAACCUCACACAAAAGCGCUACGACAAGGGCGGAUUCGAGCCCGUCAUGACUCGGCGAGAGGCUGCUUCCAUUUUGAACGUUGGCGUUAACGCGCCCAAGGAGAAGAUCAAGGAGGCGCACAAACGCGUCAUGGCCAUCAACCACCCAGAUCGCGGUGGUUCGCCGUACAUUGCCGCCAAGAUCAACGAAGCCAAGGACUUGCUCGAGUCCAAGAAGCAAAUGUCGUCCGACCGGUGAUUCUUUUGUUUCAAAAACAAUGUUAUUAUCCAGAGUACAAUUUUGUCCGUG